AUGGCAAUGGAUAAGGAUAACAUACUGUUGCUUAUUUGCUUAUUCUUUGUGCUAUUUGAAGGUGGUUUGGGUGCGCAAGAUCCUCCUGUAACUAGAGUUGUGAACAUAACUAAUGACUUGGGAUCACGGAUCAAAUUAGUCGUUCACUGCAACUUUCACGGCAAAUUCCAUGAUGAAAACCUCGGCCUACAAACCCUCUCGUUUCACCACUCCUUUUCUCAUAGCUUCAAAUCCGAUGACGUCACUCCCAAGACACGACUCUUUUGCUUCUUCUGGUGGAAAAAUGGCAAUAAUGAUGUCUUUGACUUGUAUAAUCCGCAACGAGAUGAUCCUCGUUUUGCAUCUAAGUAUUCUUGGAGCAUUAGACGCGAAGGAGCUUAUUCUUAUGAUGAGAAAAAACAUCAAUGGGAUCUUCUCUACACUUGGAAAAAGUGA